GCAAUACCCGUUGAGCUGAAAAGGUGUUAUAUAUACACAGCUGACACUUAUUAUGUCACCUUGGCUCCUGAUUCAAGCCCUACACUUUUGGUUUCGAACUCGUCAGCCUUACCACUGUCUGGCCAACCCAUUCGUGAGUUUGAGUCCCGCUAGAGACAUUUUCCAAGAGCCCAGGCCACGACCAGUAUCAAUAUGGCCAACUUGAAGGCCAAGACCGGCCAUCCUCAUGAUGCCUCGAAACAUUUACAGGAAAAUCACAACAAACAGACACAACUCAAUACAUACAUUUACGAGUAUUUUCUUCACAAUAGCAUGUUUCAAUGUGCUCAAUCCAUUCUCAAGGCCGAUUCCGACGUCAGGGUUCAGAGGCACAGCCCUGGCAGUGAUCGCCGCGACAAAGGCUUGCGACUGAAGAAUGCCCUCCGGAACAAGACCAUUGACUCCCGCUUGGACUCCACGCACUCAAAUCUUCUUCCAGCUCUCAACGUUCCCAAUCUAUCGCCGGACAGCUGUUUUCUCAAUGAAUGGUUUUGCCUCUUCUGGGCCAUGUUCAACGCUCAAAAGAAUGAGAAUAGAAGGAUUGAAGCAUGUCAAUAUGCCUGUCAUAUACAGCAACAAAACUGGCCAAAGUGGAAUGUUAGCUGGCCGCAGACCCAAAGCUCCUUACUACUACUGCAGGCUCCGGGCAGUGCCACCCAUAACGCCUUCUAUAACUCUGGCGAAGUGGGCGUAGGUAGCAUGACUCCCGCAAUCUCGGGUGUCCGAGCUUGUGGUAGUAGCAAUUCAGCCUCGCAGAAAUCCCACGUGCAACUGACUUCGAUGAAGCAGCAAAACGAGAAUCAGAUGACAGCGCGACAAGGCAGAAGCAGUCUGUAUCGAAAUGAUGGAAUAUCUGGUGGCCGGGGAGGUCAAAGGCCUAGACAAAAUUCAAAGCUUUUUCAACAACCCGGUCUACAAACCUCGAGACCAGGCGCAUUGCCUGAUACUACCAAGCAGGUGAAACUCGGCACUCAACCAAUGAACAACAUCAUACUUGAUUUCCCGACAGCAAAAGUAGACGGCCUAGGCGACAAUGUGGGUGUAGUGCGCAUGGAUGACUGCACACAAGCCUCUAAUUUACGUACUUUUCAACAGUCCAAUAGCCAAACGACCCGGCCAUCAAUGACGGCGAAACAAACAUCAUUUCAACAGGAAGGGAACACGAUUCACAAUUGGUCGGUGCAGUGGCAGAACGAUUCAAGUGAAAACCAGAUUCCCGAGACGUCCCCGCGUGGGGUCCAGGAUACACUGCAAGAACGGUCUCGCCUCCCGCCAGUCCAGCCAGCAGAUGCCAACGACAGUGUCAAGCCAAGAAGCACCGUUUCCCCACUGUCACAGACGAGCAAGCCUGACUUGCCAACUCCACAGCUUAGCAAAGCCGUUCGCGAGAAAAUCCCCUUUCCCAAAGGGACUAUUCUCAAGAGGAGGGCCACGAACGUCAAAGACGAGAUGAUGACUUGUAAGAUUCCGAAAUUGAACGCUGGCUCUACAGCGACACGCCCUGCGGAUGCUGCUCCGAGCCCAGUGCCUCAUAUCAACCCCGUCGGCAUAAGGAAGGAUGCCCCAAAUUCUAGUCUUUCGCAUGCCGUGCCUACGGGACAGCCAGCAGUAGCUCUGCCACUUACACCUGCGUCUAUGGCGGCUAACCCACCUUUUGACUUGGUUCAGAGCGCGACACUAAAUAUAGAAAACUGUAAUAUGACUGACUUUGCGAGUUUCCCUACGUUUGAGGAUAAAAUUGGUGAAUUUGAUUUGGGUGCUUUCCUAGAAAGUAGCGUUGAAGAUGCAGGAGGCUUUCACUUCAACUAUUUUCCGUCUAACAUAAAUACCGAUAACAUUGACCAAAGUUGA